GCGGGAGCCCACGCUGCGCUCGGCCCCCACCCGCUCCCUGCGGCCGGCGGCCCUGCGUGUCGCCCGCGCUGCGGAACCCUCGCCUCGACGCGGCUGUCUCGGCAUAGCAUCGGCUGCGAGGCCGCCGGCCAGGGGCGAAAGCAUGGGCGCGGGGCUCCGCGCGCCCGCCAGCGGCCUCGGGGACGCCUGAGCCGCCAGCGGCUACCUGGUGCCCAACCCCAUCAUCACUACAGCCCCCAGCAGCUGCCCUGGCUCCCCCUGCUUCUACGAUGUGCCCAGGGAACUGGCUCUGGGCCUCCAUGACGUUCAUGGCCCGCUUCUCCAGAAGUGGCUCAAGGUCCCCUGUUCGCACCAGAGGGAGCCUGGAGGAGAUGCCUCCUGUGCAGCAUCCCUUCCUCAAUGUCUUCGAGUUGGAGCGGCUCCUGUACACAGGCAAGACAGCCUGUAACCAUGCUGACGAAGUCUGGCCAGGCCUCUACCUUGGAGACCAGGACAUGGCCAACAACCGCAGGGAGCUGCGCCGCCUGGGCAUCACCCAUGUCCUCAACGCCUCGCACAGCAGGUGGCGGGGCAUCCCGGAGGCCUACGAGGGGCUGGGGAUCCGAUACCUGGGUGUGGAGGCCCACGACUCCCCAGCCUUUGACAUGAGCAUCCACUUCCAGACGGCCGCCGACUUCAUCCACCGUGCACUGAGCCAGCCAGGAGGUAAGAUCCUGGUGCACUGCGCGGUGGGAGUGAGCCGAUCUGCCACCCUGGUGCUCGCCUACCUCAUGCUGUACCACCGCUUCACCCUCGUGGAGGCCAUCAAGAAAGUCAAGGACCACCGAGGCAUCAUCCCCAACCGGGGCUUCUUGAGGCAGCUCCUGGCCCUGGACCGCAGGCUGCGGCAGGGUCUGGAGGCGUGAGCGGAGGGCAUGGGAGGUCAGGCCAGGCCCGGGAGGGUCCCUGGCUUCACCUGGAGACAAGAGGCCCAGGUGGCAGGUAGCAGAAAGCCCAAUAGCCCGUCCUCUCCCUGGGCCAGGCCCCAGACUGCUGCUGCCCUUUGCGAGAGGGUUGGGAGGCCAAGCUGGCCAGUGGGGUGAGCAGGUGCCAGGGCGCUGAGCAGGAAGGAGGCAGCCAGGCUGUUGGCAGAAGGAUAUUUCCAGGGACGCGUGGUCCCAUCCCCUCUUUGUGUCCAGGUGUUCUCCUCUUUCCCUUGUAAAAACCAAAGGGCCAUCCCUGGCCUGUGCCCAUGCAGGGAGUCACAGGGGGGCAGCACCAAUGCAGUGGUGUGGGGCUAAUGCAGACCGUAGUGUAGAGACAGACAGCCUGGUGAUGUGAAAAGCCAUGAAACCAGAGGGAGAGCCCCCGGGCUCAUCCCAGCAAGCACAGGAAGAGCAGGUGUGUGAGGACAGCACAGCACCCGUGGGUGCUGCUGGUGGCCAAAGCAAGCCCAGAGGUGCGUGACUGGAAGGCUUUGUUGGCACUGGAUCCAGGUGUCUGGACAAAAAAUAAAGAUGCUGGCAAAGAA